UUUGGCCAAUUCUGACAACAAAUAACAGCUCAACCCGUGUGUUCGUGUUGUUUCUGUAGUAUCAUCGUUCUUUCUGUCCACGGUCCAAUUUUCUCAUAGAAGUUAGUGAAAGACUAUGGCCGAUAUCGGCGAAUGGUUUAAGAACUUACCCCGAUUCACGAGGUGGUGGCUUGGCCUAACAGUUGGGUUCACCCUUCUGGGCCGUUUCGGUCUCCUCAGCCCUCAACUCCUGUACCUCCACUAUGAAUCAUUCGUUCACAAGUUUCAGAUUUGGAGAGCGGCAACUGCGCUCUUCUUCUACCCCCUGUCUCCAGGCACAGGCUUUCAUUUCCUCAUAAAUUUGUACUUUUUGUACAAUUAUUCACUGAGACUCGAGACAGGCUUUUUCGAUGGCCAUCCUGCAGACUACUUUUUCAUGCUGAUAUUCAACUGGCUGGCAUGUCUCAUCAUCUCGUUGAUGGCUGGAAUGCCAUUCCUGAUGGACCCUAUGGUGCUUAGCGUCCUCUAUGUAUGGUGCCAACUCAACAAAGAUGUAAUCGUCAACUUUUGGUUUGGCACUCAGUUCAAGGCCAUGUAUCUGCCGUGGGUGCUGUUCGCAUUUAAUCUCAUCAUAUCAGGAGGUGGUUUUUCGGAGCUGAUCGGCAUUCUGGUUGGCCAUCUCUACUAUUUCCUGACAUUCACCUAUCCUAUUGAUUUUGGCGGAGCGAAUCUGCUCAACACGCCAGCAAUCCUGUACCAAUACUUCCCCAACACUCGAAGCGUCCGUGGUGUCGCGGCACAGGCCGGGGCUGCCAGAGCAGACUUCAACCAACGACCACCACCUCCAGAGCGUCCUCGCGGUCACGACUGGGGCCAGGGCCAAGUGCUUGGUGGACGCUGAAUUACGGUAUUUGUGUGAUUCUGUGGACUGCCUUUUUGUUUCAUAAAUGUUUAAGCGUUGUUUGCAGUCACUUAAGAUUAAGCUAUUCAUUUUUAUCAAGGAAUAUUCUACGUGCACUAAUUUGUGAAUAAAUAGUGCAAUGCCAAAAACCAAAA